AUGAAUGAUCUCGUGCACUUGCCUCGUCCUCGAUUAAACGGCGCCCCCUCGGCGAAGCUGGCCACAGGCUCGUGCGGGGCACGCCGACUGGGACGGGCUGGGUUUUAUGUCGGUACAUCCCCACCCGCGUUUUCCUGCCAGAUUCUAGAGGACCCACCUGGCAACUCCUUUCGCAAAGGAUUCGAACGUCGAAGCCCGAAACCGUCCGAGAAGGCCACGUGGAUCAGAGUCAGGGCUGACUUAGCAUGCCACUGGGACGCCUAUCAGGACCUCGAACGAGCCCUCGCCCGGGUGCGACGGUGUUUGCGGACCCACCGGAAUCUGCAAAUUCGAAUCCGGCUGCCGUACUUGGUAUCAUUUGGCGCGAUUGCGGUGUCGAUUUUUGGAUUUAAACGAUGGAUGCAUUGGAGCGUCGGAGAAUGGAGUGCAUUGAAGCGGGCGCUUGCGACGCACGCUGUUGUUUCUGAGCAGGUUGGUGGAGCUGGCGAGAUAGUUUGUCUCUAAUCAAUAAGAGUAUAAGGGUGUAUUGCAAAGUUGUACCAAUAAAAAGGAAGCGUCUUUGAAAGGUGGCGAUGGAGAGUAUUAGUUCCGAAGGUGAUGCAGUGAUAGAUGGGCUGGGGCCAGAUGAUGAGAUGAUUGGGAACAACUCUUCUAACCUUCACAAGCGUAAACCGGACAGUGGACUGGGGCCUGAUGGAGGAGCUAGCGGAGGAGCGACCCCUGUUGCAAUCCCGAAAAGUCUGGGAUACCGCCGUGGCUCUUGCCGUAUCGUACCGAUGGUCAAUUCGCUGAGGUAUGCCGAUCUUUCUGAAAAGCAAAAGGAAGAGAUAAAAUUCCCGCCACGGACAUUUGAUUAUCUGCGAGAUGACAUAAGACAAAACAUUAUUGACUUGAUCAACUUCAAGAUCUUGAAACAGAAGACUGAUGAAGUCAACAGAGUCUCAUGAUGUCACAAGUUAGGAAUUAACUGCAAUAGUCAGAACGUUAUAGGUGGUUUAACGCUAUCAUUCUCAGUGUACCGAGGUUGUUUCUGAGGUACAAAGCCGGUCCAAAAUAAAUUUCUUAUCAAAUAUUGCUAGGAUCAGUGAACCCCCUGUUUAGCAACUUGAUAAACUUCAAGGAUGCUGGAGUCGAGGAAUCCUGCUGGUUGUGCACAUCCCCUGACAGAAUUGGAGCAUGUUGAAAUUGAACUUCAAAUGAUUUCUGUCGGUGCA